AUGGGGAUGCGCUCCAACGACAGGUACCGUGGCCUCGCACCCGGCAGCUGGAUCGGAGGUCUCGCGGAUACCGUCCAGUUCAACGGCAGCACCGGUUCCGUUCACGGGAAGCCGCAUGUCGCCUGCCAGAUCCUACCUACGUACGCCUACUACAUGCAAGUUGUGGUAUUGGCUCGAAGGGUUGAGGAGCAUUCUUUCCGUGUGCAAGGUGGGCUCGCAUCGGCUAUUGUGUGGGGGCCGACGGGAUGA